AGCCUAAUUCUGAAGGUGUGGCGGCUUGACUUUGCCGUGGCGUUAGGCCAUGAUCACGUAGGGUAAACCCCGGGUGUUCCAAGUAUUCUACAGUUCGACACAAAUCAGGUUCAAACUUGCAUUGUGUUAAAAAUCAAGGCAUGAAGAAUUGUUCUGUGUUCUAGUGUGGUUUGAUGCUUUAAAUGAGAUCGACCAUAACUUAUUCUGAUUUUAACUUUUAGAGAUGCCAUUGCCAAAGCCUUGUAUUCAGUACUGUUUGACUGGUUGCUGGAGCAGAUCAAUGAUUGGCUGAGUCCCACUGAAAUGGACAACACCGUGGGUGUCGUGGACAUCUAUGGUUUUGAGGAUCUGUGUACGAACAGCUUUGAGCAGCUAUGUAUCAAUUUUGCCAAUGAACAGCUGCAGCAUUUUGUCAACAACGCAGUCAUUUCUCAGGAGCAGGAGGAGUAUCACGCAGAACAGAUUCAGUGGCACCCAAUGCCUAUUAGGAGCUUCCACGCCUGUCUGGAGCUGAUCUCCUCCAGACCACAUGGAAUCCUUCGAAUCUUAGAUGACCAAACCUUCCUCCCACAGGCCACUGACCACACCUUCCUCCAGAAGUGCCACUACCACCAUGCAAACAACCCGUUGUAUGCCAAGCCCAAGCACCCUAUGCCAGUCUUCACAGUUUACCACUAUGCUGGAGCUGUCACCUAUCAGGUCCAUAACUUCCUCAAUAAGAACCAUGACCAGUUCAGGACAGAAGUGGUGGAGCUGUUUGCUAGGAGUCGAAUCCAGAUGAUUUCUGAGCUGUUUCGUAAGCUUCAGGAGAAAUACAUCCAGCAGAGGGAGCUGGGCUGGCGGGGGAAAGGUCUGCGGCAGCAACCCUCCACUGCUGCGUCCCAUUUCCUCCAGUCUCUGUCUGAACUCACCACUCGCCUGGAGCGGUGUAAAACCAUGUUUAUACGGUGUCUGAAGCCAAACUACGUCAAGCUACCAGGGGUCUUUGAUGUGGACUUUGUGUCGGCUCAGCUGAGGCAUGCAGGUAUACUAGAGACCAUCCACAUCCGGAAAGAAGGUUUUCCUAUACGGCUUCAGUAUUCCUACUUCAUUGAAAGGUACGGCAAACAUGCACGCUGUAACAUUUUGUAAGUGGUCACAAUGAACAAACUGUCAAUAAAAUAAGAAAGGUGCUCAACAAAAUAUAAAAUUUCCAUAAAACUAUGAAUCAUCAAUAUUAUUGAACCUUUAAUAUCCGACUUUGGGUAACGCCAGCAAACCAACACUUAUUCGACACAGAAGCAAAAAUGUAGUUUAUAAAAUUAUUCACUAUAAUUCUACGGCUAAUGAUCGCACCGAGUAAGUGUAGAUAAAUGAUCAUCCAAGAACCAAACUACUGAAACGUGAUCUUGGAUGUUAUUAAGAGUCUAAUUAGAAAUAGAUGUGAAGUCUGGGAUUACAAGAAUAAUCUGGCUGCAUUUGGUGAUGUCUGAUUGGUCUACGCACCAGUGGUGAGAGCUCCUGGGAUCUCCAGCUGGCAAAGCCAAGUCGUCUCGACCAGGCGGAGGAGUGGGAUUUACUCCUGGGGUACUCAAAGGUCGUAGACCCCUUGACCCCCGUCGGCUGGUCUGGGACCCCUCUGGUUCACCUCUGCUGGACGCUGACGGGUCGUUUUAUGUCUGAUGCAGUUGAUGCAGGUU